CCCAAAUCAGUUUUUUUUCAAGACGCCCUAAAUCACUGCUCCGCACCGGUGAGGCCGCCAGCCGCCGGACACCGGCUCCGGCGACCCCCACCCGCAGGGAGCAAGCGGAUGGGAGGAGCGGCAGCCACAGAGUGGGGACUCCUCUCUCUCCAGAUCGGCGGAGAAGGAAGGCCGGAUGGCGCGGAGCGGCGGCGGCGGCGGCGUGAAGGGCGGAGCAAUAAUGGGCAGCGGCGGCUGGAGUAGCAGACCGCGGCAGCGAGGGACGGAGCAAGGAGGGAGGGGAAGGAAAUGGCGUGCGGCAAUGAAGAGAGGGACGGCAGUUUAGGGGAUCUUCCUACCUAGCAGGUCAAACAAAAAUACAAAAUACGGCCGGGCAAAGUAGAGCAAAAGAUAUGGUUGAGCCAGCCAUCCUAAGUGUGAUUACCAUAUGAAAAGUCAGUAGGCAAGGAGACAAUGCUGGAGUGGUUACUGCUACCAUGUGCAUAUAUACACACUGGAUCAACGUGCGAAAUGAAUCGGCCUCUCACUUUGUGCUUGUGAGCGAGCGAGGGAGAGCUAGACACAGUCAUGGGUAUAUCAGGUGCUGUGGAAUGGUGGGAGGAGUGGCAUCUGCGCAUCCUCGUCCUCAGCAGCCUCUUCAUCCAGUACCUCCUGCUCUGCUCCGCUCCCUUGCGUAAGUUUGCUAUUCCUUCCUGGUACAGAUCCAUCAUAUGGCUCGCAUACCAAGGCAGCGAUGCUGUCGCCAUAUACGCCCUGGCCACCCUCUUUAACCGCCAGAGGAGUCAGGAUCAUGGUAGCGGUACUUCUGCAAACAACAGUAGCAUCCUGGAGGUGGUGUGGGCACCGGUUCUCCUGAUGCACCUCGGAGGGCAGGACCUCAUAACCGCCUACAAUAUCGAAGACAAUGAGCUGUGGACGCGGCACAUCCUCACAGCUGUGUCCCAGGUCACUGUAGCUAUCUAUAUGUUCUGCAAAUCGUGGCCAGGAGGCGACAAGAGGUUGUUGCAGGCAUCAAUCUUGUUCUUCGUCCCUGGGAUUCUCAAAUGCAUUGAGAAGCCCUGGGCUCUCAAGAGUGCUAGCAUUAACAGCCUAGUAAGCUCUUCCUGUCAUGCUCCGAGGAGAACUGCCACCAGAGAAGGCGAGAUCAAUUCGCUUGAAGACUACGUGCAAAAAGCAAGGGCUUUUGCCCAGACCGACCCUGGUUUCCAAGCACAAGAAGGUGAUGCGGUCAACCAUGGGGCUGACAAUUAUCUUUCUCAAUCACAAGGAGAAGAUAUUGUGGUGGACCUUGAGGCCAACCAUGGAUCUCAAACACAGGGAGUGGCUGCCACGGUGGAUCUUGAGCCCGAUCAUCAUCCUCAGACCUCAAGGACAUGGAUAGGUCGCCUAAACCAAAUAAAGGAAAAAAUGGGAAGCCACAUAAACCAAAUAAUGGAGAAAAGGAGAAGCCACCUAAACCAAAGAGAGCCAAGAUUGAGAAGGCGAGAUAAUGACUAUAAUGGGGACCCUGAGACCUACAGGAUAUUUGUGGACCUUGCAUCGCCGUAUCCUGAUCGGCUUGUGAUCCUAAAAUCCUUUUGGGUGCUUGAUGGAAAACAAGCAUACAUUUUAUUGCAGAAUAGAUUGUUCAGCAUUUUCAAUCUUCUCUACACAAAAUCAAAGAUACUCGGCAGUUUUAAAGAAGAGGAAGACCCGAGCGGGUUGGAACUUCUUUCUCUGUACAUACGGUUAUCGGCUAGUUUAUUGCCAUGGGCAGCCAUAGGCCUAUUCCACAAGAGUCACAGAGAAGCUUAUGAUGAUAAUGAUGUCAAGGUUACAUAUGCCUUGUUCUGCUGUACUGCAGUGCUAGAGUACUGUUCCUGUGCUUCCUUUGCCUUUGCGAAAUUUACUUUUCUAAAGGUAUUUCUCAAUGCCAUACUCAAAGUCAAAGAUAGCCUCAUAGGCCAAUUUAAUCUGGUAGGAUUCUUUGCUCGUAACAGAAGGCACUCCAGGAAGAUGUGCAUCGUUAAUUUCUUUAACUGCAAAGACUUUCUUGACCAAAAUUGGUCCAUGAAGCCCUGCAAGUUAUCCUUUGCAAUUCUAGAUUUGGUUCUUAAGUAUGUGAAGAAGGGGUGGGAAGAUCAAAUAAAAGAUACUGACAGCUACUGGAAGUUCAACGAUUGCAGGGGGCAAUGGACUCUUCAGUCCAACAAUUGCGACAAAGAUCUCAGUUGCAGCUUAAGGAAGCCAUUCGAUGAGAGUGUUCUUCUCUGGCACAUCGCAACGGAUCUCUGCUUCUACUACAUGGGCGCAUCUGCGUAUCACCAAUGUGCCACUGCUCAGUGUAUUCAAGAUGCUUCCGGUGAGGGUCAUGGGUGUGCUGUUUGGUGUGAAAGAUCUCCUCAUCACAAAAGAGCCGUCCAGUGCAGAGAAAUCUCCAACUACAUGAUGUACCUACUGUUUGUCAAUCCCGAGAUGCUACUGCCAGGCACUAGGCGAAAUCUGUUCACAGCUGCCAAUUCUGAGCUAAAGAAGAUCCUCAAGGAUGACAAUGCAUCACUCAAGAAAAUUGUCAAGGGCGGCAAGCCUUCGCUCAUGGAGAUCCUCAAGUGCAAUAAACCAUUCUGCAACUUCUUCACAGUCAAAAGGCCAUCGCUCAAGGAAAUCGAAAGAGGAUUUACACAGAGAAUAAUCGCGAAGGUACAGCCCAGGGAAAACAGAGAACAAGUUGUUGAACAUACAGACUUGCCACUGGAUGCGGAGACAGAUGCAACUACACAAGAAGGUUUUGUCCAUGAUGCAUGGAAUCUUGCCAAUGGGCUGCUGCAAAUGCGUGAUGAGAAGAUGUGGGAGGUAAUCGAAGGCGUGUGGGUGGAGAUGCUCUGCUUCUCGGCUAGUAGGUGCCGAGGGUACCUACAUGCCAAGAGUUUGGGCACUGGUGGGGAGCUGCUCACGUAUAUCUGUCUCCUGUUGUCACACAUGGGGAUGGAGACCUUACCGGAGAGGUUGCAGAGGACGGAACUUUCAAGUGGAGGAAAUGCCAGGGUCACUCCAUUGACUUCCCAGGUUUGGAGAUAUAUUUUAGCUAUGUGAAUAUGUGAUCUACCAGGUACCUGGGAGCGAGGACCCGCCACCCUUGAGACAUUAGAGACCUCAUGAAGCUGCUGCUGCUGGGGCAUCUACCUCUCGACCUCAAGAAAUACAACCAGCUGAAUAACCUGAGAAGUUAUUAUCUCCGUGUUGUUUUAUACAUGUCUCCCAGGAGGUGAAGAAUAUUUUGCAAGUCAUUCAGGAGGUGUUUGAUCCCAAGUAUCCUGGACUACCUGUACCAGAGGGUAGAGUCCAUAAAGGGAAGUUUCAGACUUUGCAAUCUAGGCUAAGUAAGCGGCUAGUGGAUUGGAGUGAACGCUAUAUGGCCUCAUCUAUUAAGGAAAUAUUGAUUAAAUCUGUGGUCAAGGCUAUUCCCACUUAUGUUAUGAGUGUUUUCAAACUUUCGUAUUCUAUGUGUGACGACCUCACAAGAAUGAUGCGGCAAUAUUGGUGGGGAGUUGAGAAUGGAAGAAGGAAAAUGGCUUGGGUUUCUUGGGACAAGCUUGUCUUACCAAAACAAAAGGGUGGUCUUGAUUUUAGAGAUAUGAGAGCAUUCAAUCAAGCAUUGCUGGCUAAACAGGCUUGGAGACUUAUUGAUCAACCGGAUAGCCUUUGUGCAAGGCUGUUGCGAGCUAGGUAUUAUCGUAAUGGAAAUCUUGGGGAUACAGUUUUUUCAGGCAACGCAUCCGCGGUUUGGCGUGGUAUUGAACAUGGGCUGGAGUUAUUGAAAAAAGGUAUCAUUUGUCGUGUUGGUAAUGGAAUUUCGAUUCGGACUUGGCGGGACCCAUGGAUUCCAAGGGGUCCAUCAUUUCGUCCAAUUACGCCAAAACAUCAUUGCAGACUCAAUAGAGUAUCAGACUUCUUGGAUAUUCAUGGUGUUUGGAGACUGGAUUUAUUGCAGCAACACUUCCUUCCUGCUGAUGUUGUGGCCAUUCAUAAAAUCCGUACCUCACCACCGCAGCAGCAGGACUUCCUCGCAUGGCAAUCAGAUCCCAAAGGGCUGUUCAGUGUCCGUAGUGCGGACAAGCUAGUGAUGGUACAUCAUGAGGAAGCUUUUACAGAAGGUGCGUCGAGCGCAAGUCCUAAUGGUGAGAGGAAAAUCUGGAAUUUAAUUUGGCAUGCGGAUGUUCCGCACAGGAUGAGGUUGAAUGCCUGGAAGGCUGCAGCUGGUGCGCUAGCUACCAUGCAAUGCAAACGGGCUUGUCACCUGCAGUGCCGGCUUACAUGUCAACUGUGUGGCAUAGCUGACGAGGACACUUACCAUGCACUUGUAGCAUGUGAGAAUGCUUCAAAGUUGUGGGAUGCUAUGGGGGAGAUUUGGCCAAUACCCCCAAAGGAGCACCUGGAUGCUAUGGACUACCUCAAUUCCGUCGCUGAUUCCCUUCCGGCGACUGUUGUCCGACCGCGUCCACCUGAUCCACCUUGGGUACCGCCACCUUCCGGCUGGCUGGCCCUGUCAGUGGAUGGCUCUUUCUUGCCGGAUGACGGUACAGCCGGUGCAGGCAUGGUCCUCAGGAAGUGUACAGGUGAAGUUAUUCUUGCUGCAUGCCGUUUGCUGUUCUUCUGCAAUGAUGCACUUGAAGCGAAGAUACAGGCAAUCCGGGAAGGGAUGUCUCUAGUCCUCCAAUGGUCUAAUCUUCCGGUGAUGGUGCAGUCAGACUCUAUGGAAGCUCUUUCAUCUUUGUCUAAUGCUUCCCUGGCCAAGUCGCCUAAUGGCCAUCUGGUCGAUGAAAUCAAGUCGCUCCUUCUAGAGCGGGAGUUUAUUCCGGUUAAGAUAACUCGUUCUCAAAAUAGGGUAUCACAUUGUCUAGCUAAAUGCUCAUACGGCUUGUAGUACCGCUUGUUGGUUACAACGAGCUCCUCCCAUUAUUCAUGAUCUUGUAUUAGCUGACUGUAAUCCUGUUGCUAUGGAAUAAACUCAGUUUUACCCUCGCAAAAAAAA